AUGCCUGUACCCACAGCCUCAGCUACACCCCGCACCAACACCCCAAUUACCUCCAGCUGCACCUGCGCCAACACCCCCAGCUACCCCCCAACUACACCCGCCCCCAGCACCCCAAUUACCCCCAGCUGCACCUGCGCCAACACCCCCUGUGACCCUAACUACACCCGCACGAACACCCCAAUUACCCCCAGCCACACCUGCACAGAUGCCGACACCCACCAGCACCCACGUGACUGGACACGUCGCGCCUGCCUGCGGAGCCGCCUGGCCCUGAGCGGCCUGCGGGAGCAGGCCUGGACGCCGGAGCACGACGCCGCCCUCGACGUCUUCCUGGCGGCCGGCGGCGCCGCGCCGCUGCUCGUCGUCUACGUGGACGAGGCCGCCGGCCUCCAGGUGCGGCACGCCGUGCCGCCGCAGGAGCCCGAGCAGCUCGCCUUCUUCAUCCGCCUGGGCGGCGGCGAGCUGGCGGCGGCCGACCUGGGGCGGGCGGUGCAGUUCGGCACGGCGCGGCGGCCCUGCCUCGAGGCGCUGCGGCGGCUCCUCGAGGCGCUGCUGCUGCCGCGGCUCUUGGCCGGCGCCGCCUGGCCCGAGGGCGUGCGCGCCGAGUUCUUCGCCGAGGUCUACCACUUCAUGACCUCGCUGACGGACACCUGCGCCCGCCUGCGGGGCCGCACCGUGCUCUACGUGCCCGUGGAAGCCCUCACCGUGGAGCCCGCCGCGGCGGCCGCCGACCGGGCCCUGGUGCAGCGCCUGGAGCCCUCCGUCAUCCACUGGACGCGGCAGAUCAAGGAGGUGCUGCGGGCCCAGGAGGCGGUGGAGAGCCGGGAGAGCGCCGGGCCGCUGGAGGAGAUCCGCUUCUGGCAGCGCCGCUGCGCCGACCUCUCCGCCAUCCGGCGGCAGCUGGCCCGCCGCGGCGUGCGGCGCCUCGAGGCCGCGCUGGCCCUCGCCAAGUCCUCCUACCUGGCACCCUUCCAGAAGCUCGCCCGGCAGAUCGAGGCCGGCUCCGACGAGGCGCGCUCCAACCUGCGCUUCCUGUCGGCGCUGGAGGGGCCGUUCCGGGAGCUGGCGACGCUGCCGCCGGCCGCCGUCCCGGCGCGCCUGCCCCGCCUGCUCGGCCUGGUGCGCGUCGUCUGGGUCAACUCGCCGCACUACAACUCGCGCGAGCGCAUCACCGCGCUCUUCCGCAAGGUGUGCGACUGCCAGCAGCACUUCGCCCGCUGGGAGGACGGGCGGCAGAGCCCGCUGCCGUGCUUCGCCGGGCACCGGGGCCCGCAGCUGGCGCAGAGCCUGGCGGAGAUCGAGGAGACCUUCCGCAAGCACCUGCUGGCCCUGCGCGCCUGCAAGGGCGACAUCCUCGACGUGAAGAACCCCUUCUGGCACGAGGAGUUCAACCGCUUCCGCGCCGGCGUCAAGGACCUGGAGGUGAUGACGCAGAACCUGCUGGCGUCGGCCUUCGAGACGGUGCGGGACGCCGAGCGCGGCGUGGCCCUGCAGGACGCCUUCGAGCCCCUGGCGGCACGAGAGGCCGUGCGGCGCGCCUUCGACCGCAGGACGGUGCACGUGUACUCGCUGUUCGGCGCCGAGCUGGCGCUGGUCAACAAGGAGCUGAGCCGCAAGCGCCCGGCGCCGCCACCCUGGGGCUGCCGCCACUCGGGCCUGGCGCACUGGCUGGGGGCCCUGCGGCGCCGCCUCGCCCGCCCCGCCAAGUGCCUGGCCGAAGCGCGUUUCCUGCCGGAGGUGGGCGUGGGCGAGGAGAGCCGGCAGGCGCACCAGCUGCUGGCGCAGGCGCUGGACGAGCUGGAGCGCCGCAGCUUCCAGGAGUGGAGCCGGGCGCUGGAGCGCGACUGCCUGGCGCGCCUCGACGUCCCGCUGCUGGCGCCCAGCGCCCACCGGCCCGGCCUGCUCGACGUCAACUUCGACAAGGACCUGCUCAAGCUCUUUGCGGAGAUGCGCUGCUGGGAGCGGCUGCUCUUCGAGACGCCGCACUUCGCGGCCGAGGCGUACCGCCGGCGCGAGGACCUGCGCGCCCUGCGCGAGAACCUGCUGCUGGUGGUGCGCGAUUACAACAGGAUCGUGAGCGAGCUGUCGCCGGAGGAGCGCGGCCUCUUCGCCGAGCGCAUCCGCGCCCUCGACCGCAGGAUCCAGCCGGGCCUCAAGAAGCUGCUCUGGUCCCUCAAGGGCGCCAGCAGCUGCUUCAUCAGCGAGUGCCGCCUGCACGCCAGCAAGGUGCAGGCGCUGGUGACGGAGUUCAAGGCGGCCACGGUGGCGGUGGCGCGGCACGCGCAGCGCAUGAGCGAGGUGCUGCUCGUGCGCCUGCCGGGCCGGCGCCUCUACGCCGACCUGGAGUUCGCCGAGGAGCAGCGGCGGCACCGGGCCCGCGCGCAGGAGGCGCUGGCCGCCGAGCACGCCGAGGUGGGCCGCAUCCUGCGGCGCGCCCGCGACGUCUUCAGCCGCGACGGCCCCGAGGUGCAGCAGCAGUGGUGGAGCUACGCCGCCCGCAUGGACAAGAUGGUGGAGGAGGCGCUGAGGCUCAACGUCAAGCGCUCGCUGCAGGAGCUGGCCCGGGCCGUCGUCGGGGACGGCAAGAGCUCGCCCAGCCCCCUGCUCCGCGUGCGCGUGGUGCUGGCGGAGGGCGAGGGCGAGGCGCCGCCCCAGGUGGCCUUCUCGCCCAGCCUGGCCGAGCUGGCCGCCAUGGUGAACGACGUCCCCGGCCACCUCGUCUUGUGCCUCUCGGCCUUCCCCCGGCUGCCGGAGCUGCUGGGCCGCCGCCGGCCACGCCACGAUCCCAUCUGCCUGCUCGUGGAGCGCGACGAGGAGGUGGCCAAGCUGCGGGCGCAGCUGGCCGCCGGCGUGCUGGCCAACGCCUCGCUGCUCCAGGGCUACCUCAAGACGUGGGCCGGCUACCGGGAGAUCUGGGAGGUCGACAAGGCGGCCUUCAUCGGCCGCUACGCCCACCUCGACCCGCUCGUGUCCUCCUUCGACGCCGACAUCGCCCGGUACAUGGAGGUGGCCAACAACGCGCAGAAGGAGGAGACGACCGUGAGCGCCCAGUUCGUGCUGCUCGACUGCGCCCAGCUGAAGGCCGCCGUGGUGCGGCACUGCGGCGAGUGGCAGCGCCGCUUCACCGGGCUGCUCGAGGAGAUGGCGGGCGCCCGCCUCCGCGCCCUGCACGCCUACCUGCGCCACAACAGCCAGGCCAUCCGCCGGCCGCCGGAGACGCUGGAGGAGCUGAGCGGCGGCCUGCGGCUGCUGGAGACGCUGCAGCGGGAGGCGCCGGCGGUGCGGGCCCGCCUGCCGCCGCUGCACGAGCAGUUCGCCGUCCUCGAGAAGUACGAGGUGGCCGUGAGCGAGGAGGCGCUGCAGCUGCUGGGCGCGCUGGAGGGCGAGCGGCUGGCCUUCGAGCGGGCGCUGCGCGAGGGCGACGCCAUGCUGCAGCGGCACAAGGAGCGCUUCCGCACGGGCCUCGUGCACCACGCCGACGACCUCAAGAAGAAAGCGCGGGGGCUGCUCGAGGAGUUCGCCGCCGCCGGGCCCUUCAGCAGCGGCACGGGCUGCGCCGCGGCGCUGGAGCGGAUCGGCGCCCUGCGGCGGGCGCUGGCGGCCAUGCAGGCGGAGGAGAGCGCGCUGCGCAGCGACCUGGGCGUCUUCAAAAUCGACCAGCCGCCCUCCAAGGACCUGCAGCGCCUGGAGAAGGAGCUGGACCAGCUGCAGGAGGCCUGGGAGGUCGCCGGGGAGUGGGAGAGGCGCUGGGACGGCUGGAAGCGGCUCGGCUUCCGCGCCCUGGACGCGGAGCGCGCCGAGGCCGAGGCCGCCGAGCUGGCCCGCCGCCUACUGCGCCUCGGCCGCGAGCUGGAGGGCCGCCGCUGGGACGUGGUGGAGGCGACGGCGGCGCUGGUGGACGACUUCCGGCAGACGGUGCCGCUCGUCAGCGCCCUGAGGGACCCGGCCAUGCGGCAGAGGCACUGGGCCGAGGUGGAGGCGCUGCUGCAGCGGCCGCUGCAGCCCGAGGCGGAGGAGCUGCGCCUGGAGGCGCUCGUGGAGCUGGGCCUGCACCGGCACGCCGCCGCCGUGGCCGCCGUGGCCGCCGCCGCCGCCCGCGAGCUCGCCGUCGAGCGGGCCCUGCAGGAGCUGGCGCACACGUGGGAGGUGACCACGCUGGACAUGGCGCCCUACAAGGACAAGGGCCACUGGCAGCUCCGGGGCACCGAGGAGCUCUUCCGGGCGCUGGAGGAGCACCAGGUCUCGCUGGCGGCCAUGAAGGCCUCGCGGCACGCCAAGCCCUUCGCCGCCGAGGUGGAUCGCUGGGAGCGCGACCUCUCGCUCGUGCUGGAGGUGACGGAGGCGGCGCUGGCCGUGCAGCGCCACUGGCUGCAGCUGGAGAACAUCUUCCUGGCCGAGGACGCCCGCAAGCAGCUGCCCGAGGAGGCGGCGGCGUUCGGCCGCCUCGCCGCCGCCUGGAAGGGCGUCACGGAGCGGCUGAGCGCCGAGCGCAGCGCCCUGCGGGCCGCGCACCGGCCCGGCCUCCUGGAGGAGCUGCUGGAGCUGGGCCGGGCGGCGGAGCGCAUCCGGCGCUCGCUCGACGCCUUCCUGGAGAGCAAGCGCCUCGUCUUCCCCCGCUUCUGCUUCCUGGGCAACGAGGAGCUGCUGGCGGUGCUGGGGCAGAGAGCGCCUGUCGGACCAGGGUCCCUGUCGGAUUGGGGAUCCCCAUCAGAUCUCGGCUCCCCGUCGGACUGGGACCCUCGUCAGAUAGGGGGCACCCGUCGGAUCUGGGAUCCCUGUCGGAUCGGGGUCCCUGUCGGAUCUGGGAUCCCUGUCGGGUCUGGGGUCCCCAUCGGAUCCAGGAUCCCCGCUGGAUUGGGACCCUCGUCCUAUAGGGAACACCUGUCAGAUCUGGGAUCCCUGUCGGGUCUGGGGUCCCCAUCGGAUCCGGGAUCCCCACUGGAUCGGGACCCUCGUCCCAUAGGCAGCGCCUGUCAGAUCGGGAUCCCUGUGGGCUUUGGAUUGGGGCUGUCGGAUUGGGGCUCCCCGUUGGCUCGGGCUCGGGGCGCCCCCCUGCCCUCCCAGUGCGCCGGGCCGUGGGGCGUCGCGGCCCCCCAGCAGCCCCCCACUCCCCCCCCCAACCACGGCCCCCUCGCGCAGGCGGGGCCGGGCGGCCGGCUGGAGGCGACGGGCAUGGUGGCGCCGGACGGCGAGUACGUGGAGUUCAGCCGGCCCGUGGCGCUGGAGGGGCCCGUGGAGGAGUGGCUGGGCGAGGUGGAGCGCGCCAUGCGGGCCACGCUGCGCGAGCUGCUGCGCGCCUGCCUGCUCGCCCUGCGCAAGACGCUGCCCAAGAGGGACAAGUGGGCCAGGGAGUGGCCCGGCCAGCUCGUGAUCGCCGCCAGCCAGAUCCAGUGGACGGCCGACGUCUCCCGCAGCCUGGCCCAGAGCAAGGAGCGCGGCGACCGGCGCUUCCUCAAGGCCGCCCGGAAGAAGCAGGCGGCGGUGCUGAGCCGCUACGCGGAGGCGCUGCGCGGCAGCCUGCCCGAGGGGAGCCGGCUGCGGCUGGCGGCGCUGGUGACGGUGGAGGCGCACGCCCGCGACGUGGCCGAGCGCCUCUACAAGAGCGGCACCCCCGACGCACCGGCCUUCGAGUGGCUCGGCCAGCUCCGCCUCUACUGGGACAAGGACGCCGACGACUGCGUGGCGCGGCAGACCUGCGCCCAGCUGCCCUACGGCUACGAGUACCUGGGCAACUCGGGGCGCCUCGUCGUCACCCCGCUCACCGAGAGGUGCUUCCUGGCCCUCACCCUGGCGCUGCACCUGCACCACGGCGGCGCCCCGGCCGGCCCCGCCGGCGCCGGCAAGACGGAGACCGUCAAGGAGCUGGGCAAGACGCUGGGCGCCCGGGUGCUGGUGCUGAACUGCGCCGCCGGGCUGGACUGCGCGGCGCUGAGCCGCACCUAUGCCGGCCUGGCGCAGACGGGCGCCUGGGGCUGUUUCGAGGAGCUGGCGCGGCUGCCGCCGGCGCCGCUGGCCGUGGCGGCGCAGCAGGCGCUGGCCGUGCUGGGCGGCCUGGCCGCCGGCCGGGCCACCGUGGCCCUGGAGGGCCGCGCCGUGGCCCUGCGCCCCUCCUGCGGCAUCUUCGUCACCGCCGACCUGGGCGGGGGGGGCGCGGCGGAGCUGCCCCCCGAGCUGCAGGAGGUGCUGCGGCCCGUGGCCAUGGCGGCGCCCGACGGCGCCCUCGUCGCCGAGGUGCUGCUGCUCACCGAGGGCUUCGGCGACUGCAAGGCGCUGGCGCGGCGGCUGCAGGCCCUGUGCGCGCUGGCGCCGCCCCAGCUCUCGCUGCAGCCCCACUACGACGGCGCCUUCGGGCUGCGGGCGCUGGUGCCGCUGCUGCGCCGCGCCGGCGCCGCCCGCCGCCGCCACCCCCAGCUCGGCGACGACGAGGUGCUGCUGGAGGCGGCGGCGGCGACGCUGGAGCCGGCGCUGGCGCCCGAGGACCUGGCACCCUUCCGGGCGCUGCUGCGCGACCUCUUCCCGGGCACCGAGCCGGCGCCGGGCGACGCCGACGGCGGCGACGAGGAGGGCAGCAGGCAGGCCACGGCGGCGGCGGUGGCCAAGGUGCGGCAGCUGUGGGAGACGGUGCGGAGCCGGCGCCCCGCCGUGCUCGCCGGCCCCACGGGCAGCGGCAAGAGCGCCACGUGGCGCGCCCUGCAGAGCGCCCUCGGCGGCAUGGCCCGCGCCGGGCAGCCCGGCGGGCGCCUCGUCCGGGACUUCCUCCUGAACCCGAAGGCGCUGUCGCCGGGCGAGCUCUACGGCGAGUACGACGCCGGCACCGGCGACUGGGCCGACGGCGUCCUCUCGGGCCUGCUGCGCGCCGCCUGCGCCGACGAGAAGCCGGACGGCAAGUGGAUCGUGCUGGACGGCCCCGCCGACGCGCUCUGGAUGGAGGCGCUGAGCUCGGCGCUGGACGAGUGCCGGGUGCUGGCGCUGGGCAGCGGCGAGCGCCUCGCCCUGCCCGAGCAGGUCUCGCUGCUCUUCGAGGUGGAGGACCUGGCGGGCGCCUCGCCCGGCGCCGUCUCCCGCUGCGGCGUCGUCUACAUGGACUACGGCGCCCUGGGCUGGAGGCCCUACGUGCUCUCCUGGCUGCGCAGCCGCCCCCAGGACGAGGCGGAAACGCUGCAGCGCCUCUUCGACAAGUUCCUGGAGCCGCUGCUGGCCUUCAAGGUGGCCAACUGCCACGAGCCGGUGCCCGUGGGCGAGCACGGCGCCGUGGCCUCCCUCUGCAGGCUCUACGCCGCCCUGGCCACGCCAGAGAACGGGGUAGGGGACAGCAGCCGCCGCGGCCGGGGCGCCCGAGCCGCCCUCUUCUUCCUCUUCAGCCUGGUGUGGGCGGUGGGCGGCGCCGUGGACGAGGCCGGCCGCAGGCGCCUCGACGCCUGGCUCCGCGAGAUGGACGCCUCCUUCCCCAACAAGGACACCGUCUACGACUACUUCGUGGACCCCAAGAAGAAGGCCUGGGCCUCCUUCGAGGAGCAGCUGCCCACCACGUGGCGCUACUCGCCCGACACCCCCUUCUACGACGUGCUGGUGCCCACGGCGGACACGGUGCGCUACCAGUACGUGGCGCGGGCGCUGCUGGCGGCCGGCAGCCCCACGCUGCUGGCGGCCGCCCCCGGCGCCGGCAAGACGGCGCUGGCGCGGGGGCUGCUGCGGGGCCUCGACGCGGCCCGCUGGGCCCUGCUCACCGUCAGCAUGUCGGCGCAGACGACGGCGGCGGGGCUGCGCGGCGCCCUGCGGAGCCGCGUGGAGAAGCGGACCAAGGGCGCGUACGUGCCGGCCGGCGGCCGCCGCCUCGCCGCCUUCCUCGACGACCUGAACCUGCCGGCGCCCGACGCCGCCGGCGCCCAGGCGCCGCUCGAGCUCCUGCGCCUCUGGCUGGAGCACGGCUUCUGGUACCAGCGCGGCGCCCCGGCCCUGCGGCGCGUCCAGGGCGUCGCGCUGCUGGCGGCCGUGGCGCCCCCGGGCGGCGGCCGCGUCCCCCUCCCGCCCCGGCUCCAGAGUCGCUUCAACCUCGUCAACAUGAACUACCCGGCGCGUGUCGCGGUUGCCCCCCAGCGUGCCGCGUUGCCCCAUGCACGGACCUGUAGGGGACGAGCCGCAGGUGCGGCGCUGCGGCGCAUCCUGGGGACGCUGCUGGCGCAGAAGCUGCAGGACUUCGAGGAGGCCGUGAAGGCGCUGGGGCGGGCCGUGGCGGAGGCCACGGCGGAGCUGCUGCGCGCCGUGGCCCAGCGCUUCCCGCCGGUGCCCGCCAAGAGCCACUACCAGUUCAGCCUGCGCGACGCCACCAAGGUCGUGCAGGGCGUGCUGCGGGCGCACAGGGACUUCCACGACACCAAGGGCAGCCUGACCCGGCUCUGGAUCCACGAGUGCUUCCGGGUGUUCUCGGACCGGCUGGUGGAGGCGGGCGACGCCGAGGCCUUC